AUGAGUGGCGGGGCCGCGCCUCCUCCGGCGCCGGGGCGGGAGCUUUCAAAUCCGCCGUCGGACGGAAUUUCCAACAUUCGGUUCUCUAACCACAGCGAUCAUCUGCUCGUUUCUUCCUGGGACAAGGUAAUCGCGGCCUCCCCGGUUUGCUUCGUCUUCCAUCCGUACAUCUCUAGGGUUUGAGCACUAACUGAUCGACUAUUUUUUGUGUCCACGGGUUGGAUUCCCGAUGUUCUGUGUGAGAUCAGAGCGUUCGACUCUACGACGCAAGUGCUAAUGUGCUGAAAGGAGAGUUCAAGCAUGGUGGUCCUGUUCUGGAUUGCUGCUUCCACGAUGACACCUCCGGGUUUAGUGCAUGUGCGGAUCACCUUGUCCGGAGGUGCGGACGGAUUUCAUUAAUUCUCAAAAAAAAAUAGUUCUUUGUUGCGCUACUUUGCUUUGGUUCCCCAGUUCUUCAUCCGCUGGGGUUUAGGUUUGCAGUUGUCUGUUUUACUUAUGGAUAAGGUCUUGUGUGCGCCUACGGUCUUCACAUACCAUGUUUUUCUAUCCUUGUAUGAUUUAGUGUUAACCAUGGGAAGGGCAGAUGUGUAACGUCUAUUGAAGCAAGUGUCUGGUAUGGAAAGUUAUAUCUUGAGAAAAGCUUCCACUGCUUUAUGGUCUAACGACGGGAAAGGUCUGUGAUGACGAUGUUUCGUUCAUCUAAACUACAAACAGAAAUGAAGCACCAAUGUAAUACUUUUAUUCAACAAUCUGCCUGCAUAUACUCUCAUGAAACACUUUAUGUUACCUACGAAGAAGUAUGCUUGAAAAAAAUAAACAAAAUAAUUGGGAUUCUUUGGGAAUGGUAUAAAUUAUUUGGAAAUCUAUAAAUGGAAAAGAAAUAUGUCUUCGUGCAUUUUGAACCUGACGAAAAGCUUGCUGAUUUCUGUUACAACAAUAUUAAAUUUGAUUGUUGAGCUAGUUUUUUAGGAUACAAACUGGUAAUCAUGAAGGAUUUCUAGUAUGGUAAUCAGAAGGAACUGCAGUCAUGAAGGUUUAUACUAUUUCUGAAAGCCAUCCAUUGUUUUUGCCCCUACCAUGAAGGUUGAUUUUCAUUUAUCCGGAAGCUCUGGUGUAAGAUCUACCAUAGCAAUCACCUUUCGGGGCAAUCCUAGUGUACGUCGGGAAUCAAAAUGGAAAGAAAGAAAGUUUGUUAAUAAAACUCGUCAACUCCUUUCUUUGAAUUCUCCAAAAGGAAACAUGGACCUUGUGACAUGCUGUAUUGAAACUUGUCUGAUACCUUCUGAUUCUCUAAGUUAGAGAUUGUUUCAAAUAAACCAGAUGGAUCAACAUGGAAAAUAUUUAAUAUUCCUCCUCAAUGAAAUGAUUUUUAAGUUAUCAAAUCCUUGACUAAUCUCAGAAUAAAAAUUUCUCCAUAGGAUAAAUAUUUAAUUUUAUCAUGGUGUUAGGGGUGCGUAAUGUAUUCAUUGUGGAGAAAGCAUAUCACCAGUUUCGUUUGCAAGUCAAAACAUGAGUUUCUGAAUCCAAAUAAGAUCACAGUUUCUUAUGUUGAGGUGACUAAUUCUGGCUUCUAUGUGUUAACUUUGUUUUUUCAUGAUUCCUAGGCGUAGUUUAUUCUAAGAUUGGUCAUUUUCGCACAGAUAAGCCUUUCAAAGGUUUACAUAUUUCCUAAUUAUUUCGACGUGACUAUUUGAAAUAUUUCGGACUCCAUAAUUUUAUUUUUUGGUGAAAUUUCAGGUAUGUUUUCAGCACUGGAAAGGAAGAUGUCUUGGGAAAGCAUGCUGCUCCUGUGCGUUGCGUGGAGUACUCAUAUGCGACAGGUUUUUUCUUUAAUUGCUUAUAUAUUUGUUUAUUUAUUUGAAAUCAACACACGUUGUGUUGCAUGUUUUUAAGGUUUAAGACGGUCACUGAUUAGUUAGUUGCAAGUACAUGUUUUACUUGAAAUUUAACAAUUGAAAUGCAAUAUAUGUUACCAUUGAUUUAUGUGAAAAAAAUGCAUCUCUCUGCUGUCUGACAUCCAUGUCCAUAUGGGCUCUUCAUGCUUUUCUUAGACAUACUUCAUCUCAGAAGGUUUACUACUUUGAAUUAUAAAUUUUGAUCCAUGAUAUGUUCCAUCUUUUCUUCGACAUGGAAAUUAAUAUAAGAUGAGGAUUUCACUUUCUAAGAAGUAGAUGCGCACUGUAUUUGCAUACACCAAUGCUCGGAACGUUCGUCCGGAUUUACUCACAAGUAUGCUACUAUCGGAUAGCCUAUUUCCUUCCUAUCAUUCUUUCCUUAGAGUGUAUUUACAGUACACUCAAAGACUCACACGCUGGGAAUCAUUCCUUUUUCCGAAAAAAGUAAUUGUUCUUCACAUAGACUGACAGGCAAUUUUUCUGCGAGUAAAAAUUAUGCUGGUGUUUUGAGUGACAAGUUCAUAAAUUUGGUUGUCUUUCGGAAGAGUGAAACAAUGGCAUAACCCAAAAAUAUUUAUGCAUAUUUCACGCUUCCUCUCUGACCCCUUUAUUAACUGUAUAUUGCAAAUUUCUGCGAAAUAUUGAGGUUGUCUGCUUAUACUUGGGUUGUACUUGGAAUGAGCAUAGGCUCAUAGAGAUAAAAGAGAAAGGUAAUUAAAAUAUAAAUAAAAUAAUAAAUAUUCAUUUAUUUUCAUGCUCACACUUGUCAGUAGAUAUCUGAUUCAUCUAUGUGACAGUCAGUGUUAUUUUGUUCAGCUAUUCUUUCUUUCUGGCACAUAGCAGAUUCUUUUUGCCAUUAACAUCAUGAUAAGUGCAGUUGUUAUGUAUUCUUUAGGGGGCAUGCGAAGUAAAACUAUUUACAUUGGUCUAGUCAUGUUGCUCUCUCCCUCUUUUUUUUUUUCUUGCCAUGUUCAACACCAUGCUUCUGUCAUGUCCUUCCAUUGUAGUGAAUUAUUAAGCCCACUGCAUUGAAUUGUUAACAAAAAGAUUUUGAGCGUAGGCUCAUAAGUACGGAUUAUGUUUCUAUUGUUGUAGGUCAAGUGAUUACUGGCAGCUGGGAUAAAACGCUGAAAUGCUGGGACCCUCGGGGUGCUAGUGGACCGGAUUACACACUUGUUGGAGCAUAUCCACAACCAGAACGUGUUUAUUCGCUUUCUCUGGUUGGACAUAGACUAGUUGUCGCAACCGCAGGCAGGCACGUGAAUGUCUAUGACUUGCGCAACAUGUCCCAACCUGAGCAAAGAAGGGAAUCUUCGUUGAAAUAUCAGACCAGAUGUGUAAGAUGCUACCCCAAUGGGACAGGUACGCUUUUUGAUGCAUAGCAUAAUGGCCCAAAUCUUCGUUGUCAGUUUUAUUGUUUUGGGCACAAAGAAUGCAUCUUUGUGCCAUGUUUUGUAUGCCACAUAAAGAGCGAACACUAUCAUACAUUAACAGUCGGCACCCUCCACAUGGAUAUUCUUUGCCUGGGCCCACCACACGUUGACCUAUCUUAUUGCACGUGACUAGUGAGUGCAAGUGAGGUAUUGAAACAACAGUUCAUACCAACAAGAUCCAAUUUGACUCCUCUGCACUUCCUGUCUCUGUCACACACCUGUUAAUGUCUUAUGCGGUUUAGUUGCACCUCCAAUCCAUCAAGUAUCAUUUUUAAAACUCUGACUGUUUUUCUUCAGGUUUUGCACUUAGCUCUGUGGAAGGUCGGGUUGCCAUGGAAUUCUUUGAUUUAUCUGAUGCCGGGCAGGCAAAGAAGUAGGUGCUCUUUCCCACGUUACUUUACAUAAGACAACGCUAUCUUUCCUCUUUUUAUCCUCAUAAAACCUAUUUUUUCUUGUAAACAAGCUAAUAUUUUGUGAUGUUUAGCUCCAACUCCGGAACUUACCUUAAUUUUUUCUCUCUCUCAUAAAGUUUUGACUGCAUCGCUGAACUCUUGGCAACCCCUAGAACAAAGAAUAAGCUUUCAUUGUUGUAUUAUUUUUUUGUAUGUGCUAGACACAACAUAUCACCAAACGACGAAAAAGCACCAUAUCUUAUUGCCCUAGAAUUAUCUCUGUUUGAGCCACUCUAAAACAUCACGCACUUACCAACAUCUACAUCAAAAUAAUGUGGGGGCAGGAUGAUUGCCUUCUAAAAGUUGAAGAUUUAUCUUCUAAAAAGCGACCGAACUACUUGAAAAGCAGUCUAAUUUCAUAUUUCAUUACAUUCAUUCCCCAUGAUAAAGCAGGAGAUCCUUCCUACUCUCUGUGCAUAUGACUGAUGGUGCCGUGGGAGGCAUCACUCACCAAAGAUUAUUGUUCAUGAGUAGACUCAGUCCUAUCAACAAACCUCCCCCCAAUUGUCUUAUCAUUGUGCUUGUAAGAGUAAUUUAGGACCUUUAAAUUAGUAUUGUAAUCGUUCUUAGAAAUAUGAAGUCUAGAUAAUUUCCUUCUUUAUAGGCUAAAAACUUGUACUGAACUCGGAAUCGUCUCCCCCACCCACGUUUAACAGCUUAUGUAAUAAUUCUCCUUGCAUUACAAAUACGAACUUGGUAAAACUGGUAUGUAUAAAACCCCUUGGAUCUCUAUCCUACAUCAGCUCUUCGUCCAAUCUCACCUACUUUCUGCCCUGGGAAGGAAGAAACUCCAUCAAUCAUCCUACCAAUCCUUGAAGCUCAAAUCUCUAGAGUAAGAAUCUCCCCAUCCCAUCUCUUCAACACCUCUCUCCACUUUUCUAUCGUUGACCCUAAUUUCCACUCAGGAUGAGGGGUAUUAUUGACUUUUAACCGCCCAGGGCUUCUUCUCCUUGCCUUGGAUCCAAAGGAGCGCUUUCUGUCUCAUGCUCACAAACCCUUUGAUCAAAUUUUUAUUAGGGAUUGCUUCAUCAGAUCUUAGUAUUGGUAAAGUCGCAUUUUAUUUUUAUUUUUUCAGGUAUGCUUUCAAGUGCCACAGAAAAUCAGAGGCUGGGAGGGACAUCGUGUACCCUGUCAACACAAUCGCAUUCCACCCAAUGUGCUGCUUUCUCUCUCCCCCACACCAUUAUUUUCGUACAUAAAUCCCGCUAAGAAUGGAAAUAGAAGGAAGAAUAUGCUGUUUAUUUGUUUCUCAACUUUGGUUUUCAGCUAUGGAACAUUCGCUACUGGAGGCUGUGAUGGGUAUGUGAACGUGUGGGAUGGCAGCAACAAGAAGAGAUUAUAUCAGGUAAUCUCAAUCUCUCUCACCCAUUCUUCUAAUGAUGGAUUCCCAGAUUCCUCUGGUCUGAUGUGGCCCAUCCGAUCAAUUUCUCUCUCUCUCUCUCUCUCUCUCUCUAUAAACGCCGCCCUCUGCAAUUCAGGGCCGCGUUCUAUGUAUGGAAUUAUCCUUCAGAGAGGCCCCCUGAGAAAUUCCGGGUCUUUUUUUGUAGUAUUCCAAGUACCCAACCAGCAUCGCUGCCCUCUCCUUCAGCAGAGAUGGCGGCCUCUUGGCGGUGGCAUCAAGCUACACCUACGAAGAGGGAGACAUAUCGUGAGCACCAACUCUUUCUCUCUCCUUUCCCUACAUCACCACUAACUCUCUCUCUCUCUCUCUCUCUCUCUCUCCCUAUCUCUCCAGCCACGAACCGGAUGCGAUAUUUGUCCGGAAGGUGAACGAGAUGGAGGUGAAGCCGAAGCCCAAGGCCUACCCAGCGCCGGCACGCUAG